AUGGCGGCGGGUGAGAUUAAUAUCGAAAAGGGAGAAGUUUCCUUCCCUGCAAAGCUGACGUUUCAAGUAUGGAUCUGCUGUCUCAUUGCUGCUGUUGGUGGUCUCAUGUUUGGUUAUGACAUCGGAAUCUCAGGAGGAGUGACGAGUAUGGAUACUUUUCUGUUAAAGUUUUUCCCGCACGUGUACGAGAAGAAACACAGAGCACACGAGAACAACUACUGCAAAUUCAAUGACAUGCUUCUGCAGUUGUUCACUUCUUCUCUCUACUUGGCUGGAAUCUUCGCAAGUUUAGGCGCUUCAUAUUUCUCCAGAAGAUUCGGAAGAAAACCAGUCAUCAUCGCCGCCUCCGCCUUCUUCCUCGCCGGUGCAAUCCUCAACUUUUUCGCCCAAGAACUCGGCAUGUUGAUCGGUGGUCGUAUUCUUCUCGGCAUCGGCAUCGGUUUCGGUAACCAGACCGUUCCAUUGUUCAUCUCCGAGAUAGCGCCGCCUAGAUUCAGAGGAGGACUAAACGGAAUGUUCCAGUUUCUCAUCACCAUUGGAAUCCUAGCAGCGAGUUACGUAAACUACUUAACGUCCAUGAAGAAAGACGGGUGGAGAUACUCUCUCGGUGGUGCCGCUGUUCCGGCCUUAAUCCUCUUGAUAGGAUCAAUCUUCAUCCACGAGACUCCAGCUAGCCUCAUCGAGCGAGGUAAAGACGAGAAAGGGAAGCACGUCCUGAGGAAGAUCAGAGGCCUUGAAGACAUUGAGCUCGAGUUCCAAGAGAUCAAACGAGCGACGGAGGUUUCCAACAAGGUCAAAAGCCCUUUCAUAGAACUCUUCCGCAACCGCCAAAACAGACCGCCGUUGAUCUGUGGGACGCUGCUUCAGUUCUUCCAACAGUUCACCGGAAUGAAUGUGGUCAUGUUCUACGCUCCAGUCUUGUUCCAGACGAUGGGAAGCGGUAACAACGCUUCUCUCAUCUCUACCGUCGUCACCAACGGUGUGAAUGCAGUCGCUACAAUCUUCUCCCUUAUCUUUGUUGAUCUGUUCGGUAGGAGGUUCUUUUUGAUCGAAGGAGCUCUUCAAAUGACCGUUACACAGAUGACUAUUGGAGGCAUGCUAUUGAAAAAUCUGCACUUAGUGGGACCUAUUUCGGGCCACUCCGUACCGCUGAUUGUACUGAUCCUCAUUUGCGUCUAUGUAUCUGGUUUUGCGUGGUCGUGGGGACCUUUGGGAUGGCUUGUUCCGUCUGAGAUCUAUCCUCUUGAGGUGAGAAAUGCAGGCUACUUCCUCGCUGUGGCGAUGAAUAUGAUUUGCACUUUCAUCAUCGGACAGUUCUUCUUGACGGCUCUCUGCAGUUUGAGAUCCCACCUCUUCUUCAUGUUCGGAUGCAUGAACAUUAUCAUGGGACUGUUUGUCAUCUUCCUUCUCCCCGAGACCAGAGGUGUUUCUAUUGAGGAAAUGGCCGAUCGGUGUUGGAAGAGGCAUUGGUUCUGGAAGAGAUACUUUAAGCAGAAUUGA